CAGAUUGUAUAUGUUUCUUUGAGCUCAGGUUCAGAAGAUAUGAAGUGUUUUGUGUAAUUUAACCAUCUAUGACGUUUCUGUUGUGCAGUAUCUUUCUUGGAAGGACUCCCACCUAUAUUAUCGCCGAUCUGGAAAUUCUCAAAGAGGUUAUGGUCAAGAGUUUUGACAAUUUCAGAAACCGGGUGAUAUUUUCGGUACCCUACCCCUUAAAUUUAGCUUUGUUUUUCUUGGAAGAUAAUGCUUGGAAAAGAGUGAGAAAUACCAUCAGUCCUUCAUUUACUGGUGUCAAAUUGAGGCGGAUGUGCGGAGCCAUCAACGAUUGUGCAAGGACUCUUACAACAAAUUUCGCGAAGGUCAUGGGGAAAGACGCUGGAGUCAAUAUGAAACAAUACUUUGGAGCUUUCUCUAUGGAUGUGAUUUGCCAAACUGCAUUUGGGAUAAAGGUUGAUUCGCAAACAGAUUUCAACCACCCGUUUGUCGUUCAUGCUAAGACGUUAUUCCAACCAACAAAACUGGCAGUGGUAUCCUCAGCAUUGUCAGAUGCUGUUCCAGCACUUGGACCAGUCUUCAAUAAGCUCGGCCUUGGACUCUUUCCACAAAAAUCCGUUGCCUUCUUUGAGACGAUCACGGGUAACUCAACAAGAGAGGAACCAAACUAUGGCAACAUUGGGAAACUGAAGUAUCUGGACAACGUGAUCACAGAGACGCUCAGGCUCUACCCGCCGGCUUUUGUGAUUGACCGAACUGUUUCUGAGCCCACUCAGAUCAAAGGCCUAACUUUCUCUAAGGGUCAAGAUAUCUUCAUUCCUGUGAUGGCCAUACACAGAAAUCCUGAGCUCUACGACGAUCCUGAUUCCUUCAAGCCAGAAAGGUUUGAAGACCAAGACAAAACUGUUGCCUUCCAAGCUUUCGGAUUUGGCCCCAGGGCCUGCAUUGGGAUGCGGCUUGCUCUUGUUGAAGUUAAAGUUGCUUUGGUUAAUGUUCUGAGGGCCGUGAAGUUUGAUCGUAUGCCCGACACACCGGAAGUAUUGACGUUUGCUCAGAAUCCAACUAUUCUUCAACCAGACAAGGACAUCAUACUGAAAGUGUCUCCAAGAUGUUGAAAACGGCGACAAUGCAACAUUAGUUCAAAGAAUGUAUAUGUCUCCAAAUUGUGUACAAACCAAUGAUUAUAUAUAUAUGUUUUACCACUUUAAAUCAGUGGGCAUCGAAAACUGAUUGUCUUCCACCUUGAAUUCUUAUAAUAAUCAAACGAGAAGCCUUGCACUUUUGGCACAUCUGUAUUGCUUGUAAAUCUUGUUCUCUGGUGUGCUGUGCUGAUGUGACACUCAGCCUGUAAGACACUCAAUCCGUAAAGUGAGUGCCAUUGGCUUAACCUGGCUCUGUAUGUUUUAACGCAAAGUUUAGGUGAAACUUGAAGUUAUGCAGGUCUCAGGCGUUUAUUAUCUUGGUGAAGCAAGAUCAGGUAUGACGCUAACCAAAUGAAACACAUUGAGGGACAUGUGCUGAUGCCGGUAUGAGCUAAUGCCCGCAUUCAAGUGUGUACAUUUCAGAUACUUUCCUGUUUCCAUGACAUACUGAAAUUUGUA